AUGUUUCAUGAAAAUGAAAAGGUUCGCACAGUUCAAAAGUUCCAAUAUUUAAAUAGUUGUCUUGUUGAAUCUGCAGCAGACGUUGUUAAAACCAUCCCGACAACAGCGGAAAAUUAUAUGCAAGCGUAUGAAGCGGUGGUAUCCAGAUAUGAAAACAAUACAUUAAUUGUACAAUCGCACAUAAGGUAUUUAUUUGACACUCCAAAAGUUGAGAAAGCUUCAGCACUUAAUCUCCGUCAAUUAUAUCAUCAUGUGACGUUUCAUGUGAGGUCAUUAAAAGCUCUUGGACAACCAACUGAACAUUGGGACUCAUCACGCAUGAUUAGUCACUCUAGUAUGCAGCAGGUUAGACAAUGUCACAGUAGGUGA